AUGGCUGAGCUAGCCCCAUCGAUUACUGCCCCAAAACAUUUGAAAUUCACAUCUCUAGAGUCUCCUUCAGAUCAACCAACAUCCAGCUCUCAUUUAACAUCGUUUGCUUCGCUGCUAAAUCGCACUAACACUAACAUCAACGGCGUCGCUUUCUUGCUCUGCUGGGCGGGGCCAUAUGAAUACGAUGAAGAAAGGCGGUUGCCAGAAAUCUUCAAUUUCAGGGCAGCCUUACAGUUCGCUGUAUUUCAAUCCGCUGAAUGAAAAUGGGGAUGAGGAUGAGGUGAGACAGAAGCGCACCCGCACGCGUAGCUGCAGCGACUACGGCCUUCGCAGGUUAGCCUCCGGCUUUGAGGACGAUAGCAACAAGGAAAACAACGCCGCCAUCAUCAAUGGCUCUUCUAUUUCUCUUUCUCUGCCCGCUCCUAAGAUUAGGAAGCACUUCCCAUCAAAGUCCACAGACACGAUCUUGAAGCCGUCGUCGCUCCAGUUGUGCAUGCAGAUGAACGAGCCUGAGAGGGCUUUUGGCUCUUCCAAUAUCUGGGACUAUGCUGACUCCGACGCAGCUCCUGCGUCUUCCUGGUCCACUUUACCUAACCGCUCUUUGAUCUGCAGGCCCUUGCCCAUUGAUAUUGGAAGAUGUACAUGCCUUAUUCUGAAGGAGCCCACUCCACAAGGCCAUGGCACUCUCUAUUCUCUUUAUACCUACGAAGGUCAGGGACGCCAGAAUAGGAAAUUAGCAGUGGCCCAUCACAAGCGCCGGAAUGGCAAAUCUCACUUCACAGUAGCUCAGAAUGUAAAAGGACUCUUAUCCAAUUCAGAUGAUACUUUCCUUGGGACCAUGACAGCUAACCUCAUCGGCUCAAAAUACCAUAUCUGGGAUCAGGGAUAUCGACCUAAUUCCCGCAAUACGCAACCGAAAUUACCUCUUGCUGUAGUGACGUAUAUACCAACAGUAGCAACAUGUACCGGAAGUCACAGACGCAUGAGAGCAUAUAUCCCCAAGCAUCAAUCUCUGUCACUGAAGAAUGUCACACAGUUACAACAUAUUAAAGGGUUGCCAUUGGAUUGGGAGGAGAAAUGGGACACAGUGCAUCAACUAUUCUCAAAGGUUCCACUUUACAACAAGAUUUCAAAGCAAUUUGAGCUUGACUUUAGAGAUAAAGGAAAGGCAGAACUUAGAAUCCAAAGAUCGGUGAAAAAUUUCCAGCUCACUUUAGAGGAGAAUGGGAAGCAGACGAUCCUGCAACUAGGCAGGGUGGGAAAAUCAAAAUUCGUUAUGGACUACAGAUAUCCACUGACAGGCUACCAAGCUUUUUGCAUGUGUCUGGCUUCCAUUGAUACAAAGCUUUGCUGCACAGUGUAGUAACGGGACACACACUCGGUUACGUUCAACCUCUGAACUUUAAGAUUACUGUGUCCUUGGCCUACAUUUUCUUCAUAGAAAACGGUAAAUUGUAUUGUGUCCCAAAGUCCAGCUAGGAAACAUGCAAUAACAAGUCAAAUGGCCC